GGCACUGCUCCUUGCCAGAGGAUCCUCCUGCCCGAGGCAUUCUCAGCAGCCAGCCCACCCCUGACGGGUCUCCUUCUGUGCUUGCAGGGCUACAGUCAGCAGACGUGUGCAGCGCAGCCAAAGUGAUCCAGCACGUGGUUGCUGCAGUUUGCAAGCUGCAUUCUGUGGCUUAUUUGGGGGCACCUCAUGUGUGGAUCCCGAGCAGCUCCUCCUUCGGGCACAAAAGCAGCACCAGCACCUCCUCUGGCUCCCUCUGCUUCCAAAGAGGAAGCCAAAGAGGAGGAAGAGAGCAGUGAGCUUCCCGCUGUUCUGGGGGACAAUGUUGAACUUCCCUCAGUGCCGGGAGAUGAGGGUGAACUUCCCGCUGUUCUGGGAGACGAGGGCAAACAUCCCGCGGUGUGGGAAUACAACGGCGAGGCUCCCGCGGUGGGGGACAAGGACAGUGGACAUCUCCCAGCGUGGGACGAGGACGGUGGAUGUCCCCUGGUGUGGGACGAGGAUGGCCAGGCUCGCAUGGUGUAGGACGAGGAUGACGGACAUCUCCUGGCAUGGGACAAGGACAGAGGACAUCCUUUGGCUUGGGAAGAGGAGGAUGAACUUCUCCCAGCAUGGGAAGUGGACAGUGAACGUCCCUUGGCUUGGAAAGAUGAUGGCGAACCUGCAGUGUUUUGGGAAGAGGACGGAGAACCUGCAGUGUUUUGGGAAGAGGAUGGAGAACCUCCCUGUGCUUGGGAAGAGGAUACUGAACCUCCCUCGGCUGUGGGAUCCUGGGCUGAACAUUCUGCCAGCAGCACAGCCCUGCAGCCAGAGGGGAGAGGGGAGUGGUGCCUGAUGCAGCUGAGUACGUCUGCUCUGUUCCUGUGUGCCAGAGCAGGCUGCUGUGUGUGUGUCUCAGCAUCAGCUGCACCCAGUGCUGCUCUGCAGCUGAAUGUCCCAGGGCCAUUGAUUGUCCUUCCCCAGCUGAGACCAAGGGGCUGACGGCCCCAGGGAGGGGGGCUGCAUUCUGGCUCUGCUGCAAGGCGGGGUCUCACUCUGGGAGGGAGCGUCUUCCACGUGGUUUCUUUCAGGGAACAGCGUGAGCCUGGCGAAACCUGCCGAGAAAUACCUGGAAGUGGAGCAGAUUGG